AUGGCGGUGGCGGCUGCGGUGGCGAAGGUUUGGGGAUCAAGUCGAGGCUUGGGACGGGCCGGCCUCCCGCUCCUGCGGCUGCUUGGGGCUUGUGGGCUGGCUAGAUCUCACCCCCACAGGUGGCAGCGACAGCAGCACUUCUCGUCCCUGAAUGACAAGCCGCAGUUCCCGGGGGCCUCAGCGGAGUUCAUAGAUAAGCUCGAAUUCAUCCAGCCCAAUGUCAUCUCUGGGAUCCCCAUCUACCGCGUCAUGGACCGGCAGGGCCAGAUCAUCAACCCCAGCGAGGAUCCCCAUCUGUCCCAGGAGAAGGUGCUCAAAUUCUACAAGAGCAUGACCCUGCUCAACACCAUGGACCGCAUCCUCUAUGAGUCCCAGAGGCAGGGCCGCAUAUCCUUCUACAUGACCAACUACGGCGAGGAAGGGACGCACGUGGGGAGCGCGGCAGCCCUGGAUGACACAGACCUGGUGUUUGGCCAGUACCGGGAGGCAGGUGUGCUCAUGUACCGGGACUACCCCCUGGAGCUGUUCAUGGCCCAGUGCUACAGCAACGUGAGCGACCUGGGCAAGGGGCGCCAGAUGCCCGUCCACUAUGGCUGCAGGGAGCGCCACUUCGUCACCAUCUCCUCUCCACUGGCCACGCAGAUCCCCCAGGCGGUUGGGGCGGCCUACGCGGCGAAGCGGGCCAACGCCAACAGAGUGGUCAUCUGUUACUUCGGAGAGGGGGCGGCCAGUGAGGGGGAUGCCCACGCCGGCUUCAACUUCGCCGCCACCCUUGAGUGCCCCAUCAUCUUCUUCUGCCGGAACAACGGCUACGCCAUCUCCACGCCCACCUCAGAGCAGUACCGCGGGGAUGGCAUUGCGGCUCGAGGCCCCGGGUACGGCAUCCUGUCCAUCCGCGUGGAUGGCAAUGAUGUGUUUGCCGUGUACAACGCCACCAAGGAGGCCCGGCGGCGGGCCGUGGCGGAGAACCAGCCCUUCCUCAUUGAGGCCAUGACCUACAGGAUUGGGCACCACAGCACCAGUGACGACAGCUCGGCCUACCGCUCGGUGGACGAGGUCAACUACUGGGACAAGCAGGACCACCCCAUCUCCCGGCUGCGGCAUUACCUGCAGAGCCGCGGCUGGUGGGACGACGAGCAGGAGAAGGCCUGGAGGAAGCAGUCCCGCAAGAAGGUAAUGGAGGCCUUUGAGCAGGCUGAGCGGAAGCUGAAGCCCAACCCCAACUUGAUCUUCUCAGAUGUGUAUCAGGAGAUGCCUACCCAGCUCCGCAAGCAGCAGGAGUCUCUGGCACGUCAUCUCCAGACCUAUGGCGAACACUACCCGCUGGACCACUUUGAGAAGUGA